AUUUAACAACGGAGUGUACACCGUCGCGUCAACAAUGUCGCCAAGUGCGUGCUUAGCGCGACCUGAUCGCCACGCGCGCCAACAGAAAUCGUAAACAAUUUUCAAAACAAACACACGUGAGAAGUAAGCGGGCGAUAGGCAGAGAAUGAAAGAGAGAGAGAGGGAAAAGUCAAGACGUAUGUCGUACGCGAUAAGUAUUAGGAGUGCGACGCUCGUGCCGAAAGGACGCGACAGGACAACAGGAGCGACGUGAUCCCGGAGGAGCGACAACCAUGGCGUCGGGAAACGGCAGGUGAGAAAACGCGGGAGGGAAAAGGAACACUAGCCAGCAGAGGAAGAGACAAGAGAAACAGAGAGGAAGAGAGAGAGAGAAGGCGAACUCGACGCGCAAGCUCCCGCCGCGUCCCUUUGUGUUAUUUUCGGACGGCGCGAAUCGCCGUUCGUUGAAGCUUUAAAUAGGACCGGGCAGCCGACGAAGAAGGCAGUUUGUGACAUCGUUCCUACAUGCUGGAGCAUCGCACCGUUUUCGAAAUGCCGACCGAGUGCAUCGCCAACCCGUUGCAACGGGAACUGGCUGACUCGAUAAUACGGCUGCAGCCGCUAGACGAGAUCCGUAUACUCCUCGCCUGCGGUGCCAAACCCAACGAGCCGGUCACUCAGGGCCUCAGGCCCCUGCACUACGCCGUUUGGCAGCGUUACACCGAGGCCGCUCAGCUACUCCUGGUGCGCGGCGCCGACAUCGACGCCACCGACGAAUGCGGCUACUCGGCUCUGCAUCUCGCCGCCGAGCACGGCUACCUGGACCUGGUGAAGCUGCUGCUCAAGUAUGGCGCCAAAGUGGACCAUCGUCAAGAUACGGGAGAACUGUUUCCUAGAACCAUGUUGUGUGACGAGCCACUGCGUUUAGCUCUGCGUAACCGUCACGUCGAGGUCGCCAGGACGCUGCUUGAGGCUGGUGCCAAUCCGAACAAAAGGUACUUCUUCGGCUCCGAGAUUAAUCUGGUAUCACCUCUCGAUCUGGAGUGCAUGGAACUGUUGUUGGCCUUCGGCGCUCAGCCAAACACGCGGGAUCGCGCCGGCUUAACUCCUCUUAUGAAGGCCGCUAGAUUGCCACAGGGUAUAGCGUCGGUGCUUCUGCUGUUGAGCUAUGGUGCCGACGUGAACUCGAUGGCGGACACCAGGCACGAUUAUCGCACAGUGCUGCACUACGCGAUCCUCGGCGGCGAUCCCGCGGUAAUCAAUCUGCUGCUGAAACAAGGUGCCAGAUUGGACCUGGGACCGGACUACCAGAAGCCAACAGCCCUGGACUUGGCCAUACUCAAGGGUGACCCGUCGAUCGUCGAGAUGCUGCUCAAAGCGGGCGCUAACGUGAACGCCACGUCGCCAAUCAUCGGCUCACCCCUGCACGUAGCCUGCGCGGACAAUAUUCCGAAUCGCUUGGAGAUCCUGUGCAUGCUGCUGGAACGUGGCGCCGACCCGAAUCUGGUGAUCCGCAGCGACGACGGCCCGGCGCUGCGCCCGGUCCUCGCAGAGUACGUGGCCUCGAACGAGAACCCAUCGGUGGAGGUGGUGUCGUUGCUGCUCAAGUACGGCGCUCGGGUUGUCAUCAAGACGCAGUUCCGCGACCCGCAUGGCAUCCUCAAUUCCCUGCAGAACACGGCGGACAAGCCGCGGCUGUUGCGGGCGUUACUGGAGGCGGCGGAGAGUUUCGAUCCCUGUAUGAUCCGACGUUCGAGCAGCCUGACAGACGCGCAGAAAGCCUUGGUGAUGGAGGCGGCCAGGACCCCGUUGCCGUUGACUCACCAGGCGAGACUGAUCGUCCGCAGGCUCUGUGGCACGAAGUUGCCGAAGAUCGUGCGGAAGCUGCAGCUACCGCAGUCGUUGCAUCGCUACCUCCUCUACGACUUCUAUUAGCGGACUCGCGGAUCAGUGGGCGAGUGGACCGAGAGGUGUACACGGAGAGAAUUUUAUAGUAAAAAUUAUUAUAGUAUUUUGCUUAUAUUGAUUAUAUUAAUUGACAUUAGUCAAUGUGAUUACAUUGACUAAAAUUCAUAUUAGAAUUUAAUCGAGGAACAAUAAUAUUCUAUCAAUAUUUUGUUCACUGCGAUAUUUUAGGAACUGAAGUUUUACUAUUAAAACAUUUACUACGUUCCUUAGAAAAACUUACUGUGUUCCUCAGCACGAUAAAUUCUACUGACAGUCUAUUUCCGACAGAGAAAAUGAUAAAAUUGAAGAAAAUUUAUUUAAAUUUAUAUGAAAAUUUUUAUGAAAAAAGCUAUAAUAUUUUCUUCAUGUAUGUAUUUUAUUCGUAAUCUCCCGCGAUCUCUCGCCCUGGCACCGCGCGAGUCCACGUCAGUGCGACGAGUACAAUAAAAUGAGGCUGUUGAGGCACCAUCCUCCCACUUUCUAUUCAUGUUAGCAUUCUACUUCUGCAUCGAAGCGUAUAACACAAGGCAACGUGAGCAACGUGAUAUUCUUAAGUAAACGACGCUGUUCACCGAGAAAAACGGUGUAUACUUUACUUGUACUUGUUACUACUCAUCUAGUCGCUAAAUGUACGCGUUUUAUACGUUGCAACUUUCUGCUGUUUUGUUUCGCAUGGAGGCAAUCGUUUGCGAUAGAAAUGUGGAUUGCACUUAUCAUUGCUCAGGCAUAGCAACGGAUAUUCGUCUUGAAUGCGCUUUUAUCGCGCGAAUGCGAUGUCAAAUACGUCGAAUUAUUCUGAUAAUUUGGUGAUAUUUUUGGAAUACACUUCUUGCAGAGUUACACGCGGAUCGGACGAAUAUCCGUGGAGGAUUUCUUCCAGUAAUCAGCAAGGUGAUUAACUUUUGUACCUUUGUAUAUAUGCAUAUAUAUAUAUGACGAUAUAUAUACGCUCAAUGUACAGUAAAAAUAAAGGUGAAUUAAAUGAGAA